AAAAAAAAACUUUUCACGCUGUGAUUUUAUUAUCGAAAACAUUGGGCAAUACUUAUAGUUGCACUACAACAACAAUGGAAAAAUUGCGAUAAGAAAUCGUUCAUGCGAUAUCACUUUUCUUUCUGUAGGCUCUUUGGUCUUCCGGGUCAGUGGAGAACAUGUUUGUUGAAAAGAACACUUUCAAUCCACUCCAAACUAGAAGCAAAACAUACUAUUAGUCCUUUUGCUUCCCUUGGAAUAGGAAAAGAGUUACUUGCUUCUCUAGACGAGCAGGGAAUCCACGUGCCAACGCAGAUUCAAAACCGAGGAAUUCCCAAAAUACUGACAGGAAGCAACGUUUUUAUUGGCGCUGAAACUGGCUCAGGAAAAACGCUUACUUUUUUGCUUCCUUUAGUUGAACUUCUUACACGUCAGGAGAAGUCGGGUCGAGUAGAACGACUUCCUAACCGACCACGUUGCCUCGUGUUUGCACCAACAAGGGAGCUUGGUGAACAAAUUUGUAAAGUUGCAAAGAAACUUAGUCACAGAGCUAGAUUUAGUUGUACAGAAAUUGUUGGUGGUCGGUCUAGAAAGGCAGAAGAAGAAAGUUUGUCAGUACCAAGAGACUUGGUAGUAGCAACUCCAGGACGCUUCUUGGAACACAACCGAAAGAAGAACAUUAUGCUUAGUGAGCUUCGUCAUAUUGUUUUUGACGAAGCAGACUACUUGUUUUCGCGUCUUGGUUUUCGAGAAGAGACGAAAGAGUUCUUGUUGAAUGUAGAAAGACACGCCGUCUUGAAGGAUAGAAAGCCUCAGAUGAUAGGUACUGCAGCUUUGAAAACACUAGAAGUCGAUUCGUUUUUUCACUAUUAUUGUCCUUCAACGAGCUUUGUCCUAUCGGAUAAACUGCACCAGCUGCCUUUGGAAGAAAGAGUCAGGUCCGAACCUCUUUAUUUAGCGAAAGUCUCCGAGAAACGAACUGCUCUAGAGAAACUUGUCAAAGAAAUUUCCAAAAAUGAGGAUUCGAAGACAAUAGUCUUUUGCAAUACUGUAGAUUCUUGUCGUUUUGUUGAUCAUGUGUUAUCUGGUUUGAAUGAGAAAGGUGAAUGUUUACCAUCAGCUUGUUAUCAUGGAGAAAUGCCUCCUAAAGAGAGAAGAUCUAGUUGGAUACGGUUUUGUGAGAAGGAUGCUGGAUUUCUUGUUUGCACUGAUUUAGGUGCACGAGGUUUAGAUGUUCCAUCCAUUGGAGCGAUCAUUAUGUUCGACUUUCCCAAAACUGCAGCAAGUUACUUACACCGAGUGGGAAGAAUUCGUAACGAAGGUGUUGUGUAUAGUCUAAUAACACAUUCUUCUAGGAAACUUGCAGAGAUGUGCCUUUCUGCACAUGCUACGACGAAGACUACCAAAAAAUUAGUACAAAUACCCUAGAUGCUGUGUUUUUAUCUCGUCAGGCUUUUAGGCAGAACUCCUGAAACUCUGAGAACUGACCCUUUGAUAACGAAAUUUUUAUUGCCUACACUCUAGAGAAGAUAACACUCAUGGUUAUCUUCUUCCUUAAGAGACUGCAGGCUUUUCAACUUGAACUUUUCUGAUACUUCUAGUGCUUAUAUCAAGCAUGAGUUUUGUCUUUAGAUGUGCUCUGUCGAUUCUUCUUUUCUUCUCUCAGAAGAGACUAGUUUUUGGUUA